AUGAGAGAAAGAAAGUCUAAAGAAAAACAGGCCCUGCUCAACUGGAAAGCUAGCCUCCAAAACCAAAGCCAAUCUUGCCUCUUAUCAUGGGCUAGAACCACCACUGUAGUUGGAACGGAAUUUCCUGCAACAAGGCUGGCCAUCAUUGACCUCACAAAUAAUUCAAUCUAUGGACUCAUUCCUCCCCAUAUUGGUAAUAGUUCAAGACUCACUUAUCUCCAAUUGCAGCAAAAUCUUCUUUUAGGGGCAAUUCCACAAGAAAUAGGGAAGCUAAAAUCCCUCGUUGAUCUUGAACUUUUUGAUAACAAUCUCAUAGGUCCCAUUCCAACUUCUUUAGCUGAAUUGCGCAACCUCAAAACUCUUUACCUUUGGGGUAAUGAACUCUCUGGAUCUCUUUCACAAGAAAUGGGAAUGCUAAAAUCUCUCAUAGAUCUUGCACUUUUUGAUAACAAUCUCAUGGGUCCCAUUCCAACUUCUUUAGUUGAAUUGCACAACCUUGAAACUCUUUACCUUUCGUUCAAUAAAACCUUGGGACAAGCAGUAGCACUCUACUUUUCAGUGAAAUUAUGGCUGCUAGAAAAGAGGUUGAUCUACCACUCAAGGACAAAGCAAAACCUUUUGAACCCAUGGGGUAGAUGA